CUUUUUUCCCGACCUCAUCUUGUUGAAAUACGAUUAAUAAAAAACAUUUCGGUUUCAGUUGUAAAUCGUGGAUCGGAUUUCUCUUUCUCGAUGGAUUCUAUAAGAGUUCCAAGCUUGACUUUGAUUUUGCUAAUCAUUUCAUCGAUUCUCUGCUUACAAUCUAAGGCCGAUGGAACAGGUUCAGUUUAUCUCCUCGAUAGCUCAACUCACCACUAUUUUCAAUCUCACUCAUCCGAGUCCAAAUCAUUAUCCCUUCCAGAAGUAGGUGCUGCCAUUUCAGUCUUGCUUGGUUUUGCACCUCCUUCAACAUUAUCUUCUGCAAGCUCAGAAAAGUUGAAUGAGGUACUUACACCUAACCCCUUUGUUAGGCCUCAUGCUGUUUUCUUGCUAGAGGUCAAUGGAUUAGGAGAUAAGCAGCUUGAACUUAAUUCAGAUGGUGAUGUUUUCAGUAGGGGUUUUAAGAGUGAAGUGGCUAUUGAAAAUACUGAAAUUCAAGUUUCAGAUGAAUUGUCUCUAGUUUCUUUAAAUGAACCCCUGGAAUCAACCGAAAAAGAUUUGAUCAACUUUGCCCUUUGGUUGGGUGGAGAAUACAUUAACAAUGCAGCCGAGCCAUUGACCGGAGAGUUGACCAUCCCCUUGUCAAACAAUGUUCAAAUCACUCUUCAUAUGUCAAAGAAAGCAGACAGAGAAUUUACAAUCAGCCUUGUCUCUCUUUUCCACAAUGCUCAAAAGGCAGUGCAAUUGCAUGAAGAUUUGGCAGGAAGUAAGCUUACUCCAUCAGAAUUGAUCAAAGGAAAAUUUGAUGGUUUUAAGGCUUUUCAAGAACACUAUGGAACAGAUGAUAUUGUUCAUAAAGGUGCUGAAUUGUUGGUGACUUCAAUCUCCAUGAUUUACAACUCUUUUCAAACAACAUACAAAGGUCAAAUUGUUGGGGUGGUUGUUUUCAAUGGAUCACCUACUAAAGAAUCUGAUUCAAUGUUGACCAUAAAGUUGACCACCCGACAACAUCCUCGGUGGUUGGAGGAAAAGAGUUUGCCUGAUUUUGCCAAGAUUGCAGAAGUGGCUCUUGUUAGAAAAACCCUAGCUUGGAUUACCGGGAUUAUUCUUAUAGUUUCCACUCUCAUGGGGAUAUGCUUUUUGUUUAAUAUGCCAAUCACGAGGGACACCCUUUUGUAUUCUAAUGUGAAGCUUGAUUAAAUGUGUGAGGAAGGGGAAUUAUGGCGACACGAAGGAUUAUUGUUUCGUAUACGUUGGUGUUAUAUAUUUGAUACGUUUAAUGUUUAUUUUUUAAUUAAUGAGUGACUUGCAAUGAGAUUUUUUGGUGGAUGGAUUGAGUUAAUGGACAAUGCAAACGAUUUGUGUGUA